CGUUGCGCCGCGCGGCUGUGAGGCGGAGCGGGGCUGCCGGCAGCCCCUGGCCUUAGGGAGCUUUGCGGCCGCCUUCGUCCCUUUUUUUCCCCUCUCCUUCCUCCCUUUCGCCCCUGAGGUGAGCGGGGUGCUGCCCCUGGGCCUCGUGUGGCCCCGGCGAGGCUGGGCUCUCUCCCCGUGUCCCCUCAGAGGCGCUGCUUGCCGGCCACCAUGUUUGUGCUCGUGGAAAUGACUGACACGGUGAGGAUUCCCCCCUGGCAGUUUGAAAGGAAACUGAACGAAUCCAUUGCCGAAGAGCUAAACAAGAAAUUGGCCAAUAAGGUAAUCUGUAGCGUGGUGUAGGCUUCGUGGCAUCCCUCUAGCAACUGAGCGUUUUUUCUGCAUUUUUAUUUCUACACGUGCACUAUCAUAAAAGCUUAGGUAUGAAGGCCGUCCCCACAGACUGAAAUAAAAGAGACUGGGACCAGAGACAGCCGUGUAUCACCUCAAAGGGGUCUGCUACUCUAAUACCUCAUGCUGGAAGGGGAAGAUACCGAGGUUGUAUACAAUGUUGGUCUUUGCAUCUGUUUGUAUGAUAUUACAAAACUGGAAGAUUCAUACAUAUUCCCUGGAGAUGGUGCAUCACACACCAAAGUGCAUUUCCGCUACGUGGUCUUCCAUCCCUUCCUGGAUGAGAUUCUGAUCGGGGAGAUUAAAAGCUGCAGUCAGGAUGGCGUUCACGUUUCUAUUGGAUUCUUUGAUGAUAUUGUCAUCCCACCAGAAUCCCUGCAGCAGCCAGCUAAGUUCGAUGAGGCAGAGCAGGUGUGGGUGUGGGAAUAUGAGACAGAAGAAGGGGCCCACGACCUUUACAUGGACAUCGGGGAGGAGAUCCGCUUCCGAGUUGUGGAUGAAACCUUCGUCGAUACAUCUCCCACGGGCCCAAGCUCUGCAGAGGCUUCCACUUCAAGCGCCACAGAAGAAGUCCAGAAGAAGGAGGCACCCUACACGCUUGUGGGGUCGAUCAGUGAACCAGGCCUGGGCCUCCUGUCGUGGUGGACGAACAGCUAGCUGCAGUCAGAGCCUGCUCCGCAGCAAGUCUUUCCGGUGGAUAGUUGGGGGAUUACGGGAUCCUGCUGGUGCUCGCUGCUCCUUUGAAGCUGAACGAGAACUCAGAGCUGCCAUCCUCUGUUUCCCCGUCAGCUUCCAACCUGCCAGAUCAAGACAGUCGCUUUCAAGAAAUGCCUUCGCUGAUCUGUAGAAGUGAAUUUGCAGGGACAAAAAGGCCAGAGCCCAGCAGCAGCAAACCCAGCUGGGGCUUUCGUCUCCUGCCCUGGAGGGAAAGCUGGGGAGGUCUUUACUCGCCUGAGCUACGAAGGGAGUUGGAUUUUGUGAGUGAAAGCGGGAGAGAAUGCUUGUCUAGAAGCGUCGCUUCCUUGGGCUGACAGCUUGAUCCCGGAGGGGCAGAAUCCUGCCCUUCUUACAGGAGCUGGAGGAGAAACCCCAAAAGACUGGAGCUGAGAGGUGUGCUGCUCUGGAGACUUGGAAAGUGCUGCUGCCGGGAGAGCAGGGGAAGCUGUGGUAACGUUCUGCUGAGAGUGGGAACUUCAUGCGUGGAUGAAGGCCGCCAAAGAGAACUGGAACGAAAUUAGUUUACCCCAAAGUAACUCGGGCUUUAUGAAGAUGACCACUGCAGAAAGCUACAGGCUGCUUGUGGUGAAGGGAAAUACUGUACUAGGUGGGCUGUAUUUGUGUAGAAUGGGCUCAACUUUGCUGGAGUUUGAAAAUGCAUGAUUAUGGACUGAAAUGGACCAAUGUUACUUUAAGUAAGUUAAAUGUGUUUGUGAGAGUGCGUUAAUACCAGAAAUGGAAUAAAUAGUAAAAAACCCCA